CCUUCCUCCGAUAGACGUGAAAGCCCAAAUGUUACACGUGUGACAGCCUCAGAUUAGUUAGUAAGAACUCACUGAAGCGAAUAGGGUCACAGAAAAGUCAUAUCCAGUCAAUGUGAGGGAAUCAUUGGUUUCCUGUAUACGUCGGUUACUCUUAUUCGCAGCGUGCUCCAAACAGGAAGUCGCUUUACUUUUGUGUAUUUUUGUCUUGUAUCGGCUUUUUGUACAUCGUGAACAUGCAAGCAAUAAGAAACUACUUUCGUCCAUGGUCAUCUGAUGCGAAACUGUAUGACAAAACUGCUGUGAUUACUGGAGCCAAUACAGGAAUCGGAAAAGAAACUGCCAUCGAUUUGGCUAAGAGAGGUGCUCGCGUUAUCAUGGGUUGCAGGGAUAUGGAAAAAGCCGAUGCAGCUCUCAAAGAGAUCAUCAAACUUUCUGGAAAUCAGAAUAUCAUCAGUAAAAAACUUGACCUAGCUGACUCCAAGUCUAUUAAAGAAUUUGCCCAGGCUGUCAACAGUGAGGAGAAACAAGUCAAUAUCCUGAUAAACAAUGCUGGUGUGAUGGUAUGUCCAUAUGGCAAAACAGCAGAUGGAUUUGAAAUGCAAAUUGGUGUCAACCACAUGGGUCACUUCCUAUUGACAUUUUUGUUAAUUGACCUUAUCAAAAGAUCAACUCCAGCUCGCAUCAUCAACGUCUCGUCCAUGGCUCAUAAGUGGGGGAACAUUAAUCUGGAUGAUAUUAACAGUGAGAAGAGCUAUGAUAAGUCAAAAGCUUACAGUCAGAGCAAACUGGCCAAUGUGCUCUUUACUCGCUCCUUAGCUAAAAAACUACAAGGUACGGGUGUAACAGUGUAUGCAGUCCACCCAGGUGUAGUGCAGACAGAACUGUGGAGACACUUGAGUGGACCCCAGCAAGCAGCCAUGUGUUUAAUCAGGCCCAUUACCAAGACACCAGUGCAGGGAGCCCAAACCACCAUCUACUGUUCUGUAGCUCCAGAACUGGAGACAGAGACUGGCAAGUAUUACAGUGACUGUGCAUCUGCAAGCUGCUCUAAUGUUGCUAUGGAUGAUGAUAUGGCACAGCGGCUCUGGGAUCUCAGCUGCCAGAUGCUCAAUAUAAUGUGGGAUUAAAAUUACUCUGGAGGCCUUUGGUGUUGGCAGGUUUUUUUGGAAUGAGCCAAGAAAUGAGCAUCUUAGUACUGUUUUCCCUAUAUCCAGCCCUGGGUUGACCCUAAUACUACAUUCAUUCAUGCUUUUCCUGUUGUUAUGCACCCGUUCAUGAAGGGUUUGAUAAUGUCAGUCCUGCUCAAUGUAAUGAACACUAUUCUUUAAGUCUUUUGAUUCAAAGGUUCCCACUCCUGUUUUCUUUCUUUCUCUCUCUCUCUCUCUCUCUCUCUCUCUCUCUCUCUAAUGCUCUUACUCCCUGUCUCUGAAUUAAUGAUAGCUAUUUUAUUAGUCAUAUGAAUAAUGAGUAAAAAUUAUAGUACACACAAAACAUUUUUUUAAAUAUUUGGAUGAAUGUCUUCUUAUAGUCUUUCAUACUUCUGAUAUGUGCAAGACAGUUGUAGCCAAAUAUUUAAACCUAAGUUUACUUUAAUUGUCCUACAAAGUAUGGCCUAUCUACACUGAGAUGACAGAGGUUUUCCUAUUAUUCCUUAUAAAGGUGGAGUGUUUCAAAUCAAGUGCAUAGACAUCUUAAUGCAAAUAACUACAUUUAUAGACCUGUUCUGAAAUAGGUAAGAACUGUGUCUAUGCAACCUCCAGAAACUGAAAUUUAUUUAUUUCUUUAACGCAUGUGUAGAGCAAUACGCAACAUUUAUAGCGAGCAGGAUGACGCAUUGUGGCUAAGUAAGGAAUUGCAGCAAACUGCGCACGUCGCCUUCACACGUAACGGUACGUGUUAAACUUAUGAGCACCGUGAAUACUGCAUCUAGGCUACUUAUUCAUGAAAACAGUCGUCUGAUGUGUUUACCUACUUCUGUAGACCAGUUAAUGAGCCUGUUUCUAUUGUUCAUAUUUACUGAUCCUGUGGAUGACGUUAGUGUGGCAUUCAUUCGCCACACUUACCUACAACCAAGCAAAACCCAAAUCAAAUUUAUAGCAUUCAAUUUGUUAGUUAAUUCUUCGAAUUAAAUAUCUCGUAAUGGGUUGGUAAUAGUUGGGGGGAAAUUACAUGUUUAAAACGACUGUAAAUCAAUUGCACAUAUUCACAUAUUUCUAAAAUAAUUUAAGUGGAUAGACACCGGGCAAUAGCUGUCCACUCACAGGUCUUAAAGGCCCUUGUAUUUUUGCCACAGCUUCCUGAGGGAACUGGCUGAUACGGCGGAGAGCUUAAAGUCAAAUUAAAGCGCCACCUUUCCAGCAAGGCUGAAGCUCGCCAGCUUCUUAUUCGAGUUUUCCGUUCCAUAAAUAAUUCUACAGUUGCCGCCUGCAGAUGGAGUAUUUUUACAAGCUGAAAAUAAAUCUGUAUUCAAUGUAACGCCUUCAAAUAAAUCCA